AUGUUUUCUUAUCUUAUCCUUUCGACUUCUUCCCAUUACGGAAGACCACCAGAGAUUUUGAACCUCAAGAGAAAGAUUAACUGCGCAGAGUUUGACUCCGAAACAGCUCGUUGCACUAAAUGCGAAGAAAAUUAUUUUAUUAAUCCAUAUGGCGUUUGCGAAAAGCAAAAAGCAAGUACAGAAAAGAGUACUGUUAAUUAUGAUACACAAGAAAUCUUUUCAAACCCAGUUCAUCAUCACCAUGAUUGUGACCAUGAGCAUGGAAAGCAUAGUAAUGAUAUUCCUGACUCGCAAUUACCAAUUAUUCCAUAUCCUAACAGCGUCAAGCUCUAUCCUGGCAACUUUACUAUUCAAGCUUCAACAAGAGUUUAUACAAAUUUGCAGGGUGACGAUAAGGCAUUGUUCCUAAAUUACAUUUACCUUGAAGAACUCCCAGUAUCAUCCACCCCGUUCGAAUUAGAGAAAAACGUCAUCAAAUUACUUCUUGAUGAUACAUUAGACAUGAACGAUGAAGCCUACAAUCUCCUUGUUACACAAGAUGCCAUAACCAUCAAAGCUAAGACCACAAAAGGCAUCUUUUACGGUAUACAAACCAUUCUCCAAUUAUAUCAGAAAUAUGACGACGAAGGAGAGAUCCCAUGCUGCGAAAUCUAUGAUAGUCCAGCAUUUGAAUACAGAGGCGUCAUGCUUGAUGUCUCACGCCACUUCGUACCACUUGAAUUUAUUUACAAACAAAUUGAUAUGCUAGCACACUUCAAGAUCAACACUCUGCAUAUCCAUUUAACAGAUACAGGUGGCUGGCGUAUCGAAAUCAAGCAAUAUCCAUUACUUACCCAGAAAGCCGCAUAUCGAAACGAAUCUGAUUGGAACAGAUGGUGCAAUUCCGGACUUGACGGACAUUACAAUGACACAGGAACACCAGGAGCAUAUGGUGGCUUCUAUACACAGGACCAAAUGAGAGAAUUAGUUUCUUAUGCAACUAAAAAGUUCAUAAACAUUGUUCCAGAGAUUGAAAUGCCCGGACAUUCAGAAGAAGUCAUGUACGCGUACCCAGAAUACUCAUGUGCUGGCCAGCCAUACGUAAAUCAUGACCUUUGUGUUGGAAAUCCUGACACUUUUACAUUUUUAUGCAAUGUUUUGACAGAAGUCAUGGACAUUUUCCCAUCUCCUUAUAUCCACAUUGGAGGCGAUGAAGCUCUUAAAUACGGAUGGAAGACAUGUCCUAAAUGUCUAAAAGUCAUGCAGGACAACAAUUUCACUGAUUUCGAUCAAUUACAAUCCUAUUUAAUCAAAAAGAUUGAAGCUUUUUUGGACGAACACAACAGACAUUUACUUGGCUGGGAUGAGAUCUUAGAAGGAGGAUUGCCACCACAUGCUUACGUCAUGUCAUGGACUGGCGAACAAGGAGGAAUCAUUGCCGCACAAACAGGUCAUCAUGUUGUUAUGUCACCUUCUUUGUAUAUGUAUUUAGAUCAUUACCAAGAUGAAUUCUUUGCACAGCCUGAUGCGAGAUUACCACCAAGAACACUUGAAAACAUCUAUAACUAUUACCCUGUACCUGAUGUUUUGACUCCUGAAGAAGCAAAACUCAUUUUAGGUGUACAAGGAAAUGUUUGGACAGAAUUCAUCACUUCACCUUCUCAUGUUGAAUAUAUGAUGUAUCCAAGAGCAAUGGCUGUUAGUGAGAUAGGCUGGACACAAAAGAAUAAUAAGAACUACAACUUGUUUAUGGAUAGAUUGCAUCAUGAAAUACAGAAUUUGAUUGCUAAAGGUUAUUUCCCACAUAGAACUGAUAAUUUGUAUUUGAACAGACAACAAUCAUUAGUUCCUAAGAAACACUUGGCUUUGAACAAGAAAGUUACUUACACAGCUCCUUAUAAUCCUAAUUAUCCAGCUGCUGGAGAUGGUGCUUUGGUCGAUGGACAACUUGGUGGUUGGAAUUUCGAUGAUGGAACAUGGCAAGGAUUUUAUUAUAGAAAUGAUAUAGAGUUCCAAUUCGAUUUAACUAUUGAUUUGGAAGAAAUUACAAAUAUCCAUAAAGUUGCUGUUAACUUCAUGAGACAGUCUGAACAGGCAAGAAUAUACUGGCCACAGAGAUUCGUUGUUUCUUUGUCUUCUGAUAAUGUUAACUGGAAUACAGUUUUGGAUGAAACUUAUGAUUACGUUAACACAAUUUAUGGAUUGUCUUUGAAGAAAUACACAGGUGAUGGAGUUUCUGCUCAAUACGUUCGCGUCCAGGCUAAGAUGUUCGAUGACUUACAAGACCAAUGGCUAUUCGUCGAUGAGGUCGUUGUUGAGUAA